AUGGUUCUCUAUGCUCUUUUUUAUGUGUUCUUAGUUCUAUUCAUCUUCUUUGAUUCUUUUAAACAAGAAUCUAAUAAACUAGAAUUGAGCGGAAAAGAAGAGAGGAAAUUAGGAAAUGGAGAGGAUCGACUAACCAGCGAUUCGUAUCUGCUUUUCUUUUUAAGUUAUUACUCUUUGUUGCUUCUCUCAAGCGAUAGACGAAGUCUAUGA